UCCAGCCGCCGCUCCGUCCACCCGCCGCCCUCCCCAGUUGCUCCCAGAUGUCGGGACGGGCGGUGCGAGCCGAGACACGCAGCCGGGCCAAGGAUGACAUCAAGAAAGUGAUGGCGGCCAUCGAACACGUCCGCAGAUGGGAAAAACGGUGGGUUACUGUGGGGGACACGUCCUUACGGAUCUACAAGUGGGUGCCCAUCGUGGACCCCCGGGAUGAGGAGAAACGGCGUCUGGCAAGCCAGCAGAGGACCAAAGAGAGGAGAGGCCGGAUUCCCACACUGCGGAGCGACCCUGCCUUGCUUAUGCUGGACCUCAAUGACGAGAACAGCAACCAGAGUUCACUUUCCGAGACCUCCCUCGUGAAAGGGGGAGACAACAGCCCCAGCCCCAGCCCCACCCUGGACCGCAGCCAGACAGUCACUCCCACCCCUUUGGGAGAGCUGAAGGCUGAGGACUCCCAGCCCCCCUUGCUGGGGCAGGAAGGAGAUCCUGGGGUGCUGCAUUUGGAGGGAACAGAUGAGCCUCCCAUGCUUACAAAAGAAGAGCCAGAUCCCAAGAUGUUGGAUGCUCCGGUGAAGGAUGCAGGAGGCUCCUUUGAGCCCACGGUAUCCCAUGAGAAGCAGAUACCUGAGGCUGAAGAGCUGUCAUUGCUGGGGGCACCACCGCCGAAACGUCUCUGCACUGAGCCCCAAGAAUCAGAGCCCAGCCAGCCCUCAGAGGCCUAAGCACAGGCCUGCCUCGACCCUUUUCCAUCUCUUUGGCAGUGUGUGUAUGUCUGUGGAGAACUCUCUGGAAAUGAAUGUAUUAGGUCAAUGUUAGGUUUAAAAAAUCGGCCACUUGUGAACCAUUCCCAUAUUCCUGCUGCUCCCUGGUGGAGGCAUACGUCAAGCUUACGGCAGUUGUAGGUAAAAAACAUGGCGGCACUCACGGAUGCUCAAAGACGCACCAUGGUUCUUUGUGAAUGGAAGCCAUUUUUAAAAAACACUGGGCAUGGGUGAUUUAAAAGGAAAA